AUGGUUCAUGCAGGAUCUGUUGCUAAAAUCAAUCCACUUACUCCUCUCCACAAAGUUUACGUGCUUAGUUGUGGGAUUUCAACAGAUUCUUCUAUUAUUGAUGCCGCCAAUCCUAUUGGAAAUGUAUUGAAAUUCAACUUUGUGGAUUUUGAAGAUAUUAACCUUCAUCUUCACAAAAAUGGAGCAGGUGAACUUCAAGUUCAAACUACUGUAGCAUCCGUGAUACAGAUAGAUCCACAAUCUCAUCAAACAGCCCUUUUGAAAGAAUGCUUGGAUAAAACUCAAAAUCGGAUUAAACUCCGACAAUUAGCAAUGGUUGAAAGAAUGAAGUUGGCAAAUCAAGUGACUCUCAGCACCAUAAUAGAAAACAAAAAUACAUUAUCCAAGGAUAUGUAUUAUUGUUUCGAAGGAGUUGUUGAUAGAAUUGAAAAUAAAUUGUCCUUGUGGUACAAUGCAUGCACAAAAUGCUCUGCUUCUGUUUACAAAACCACUUGCAACAAAUGCAAAGAGGAAAAUGUCGAAACUAAUCCUAGCUUGCAAACUUCAUCCACGUUUAGAUUUCUCAUACCAUUAAAUGUCAAAACCAAGGUGGACGGUAAAAAGUUAACUGCUGUUGCUGAAGCAAUCGAGAAGAUUAACCCUCCUUUGGAAAAGGGAAAGAAGGGAUUAAAGAACGAUACAGAUGUCGAUGGAAAUCUUCAAAAACAGUCGCACCAAAAGAAAAAUAAACACCGAAUCACCCACACCUCAACUAACGUAGAAAUUUCAAGCGAUGAAGAAACUCUACAAACAAUGAAGAAGAAGUACGUCAAGAAAAUGUCGGCUCCAAGAAACACAAAAACCAAGAAAUUGGUUGAAAUAAAAAAUGAGAAGCCAUGA